CAUCCAUGCAGUGACCAGUGCAGCAGUCGCCGAGCAGCUAUAGCGAACAGUCACAUUCGUGAUCGACUCGAUCGUGACUCACGACUGACUUGUCAUUCUUGAUCGCAAGUGAGCGAGUUGCCCUCGCCUUUCCACAUGCUCAUCCCGCUGUCACUGCCCAUGCACAGCCGCGCUAUCCCAACUCCAGCAGAUCUCACCAAUAUGCGCUGCUAGCUUCAAACCCAUUCUUCGAGAGCGGUCAUUCGCACGGCAGCUCCGCAGCGGAAAUCUCAACAGCAGGCUCGGAUCGCAUUCGAAUCUGUCCGCGACGCUUAGCCCACUCCACGUGCCCAUGCUGCUCUAACCUCUUUGGGACAAGCGCGCAACUUCACCACGCUCUUGCCGCGUCCAACAGCCACAUUCGCUCGCAUCCCCUUUUCGAUUUCUCCUCGGCGUCCUCGCUCGCAGGAACGGGGCAUUCACUCAGUGACCGCCAUUCCACGAUUUGCAAGUACAAGCAUGACCUCGCACGAGCUAGGCAAGCAAGCAUGCAGAGCACUCUACAGAGCAGUGCUUCGACAGUGUCCACCUGCAGUCACCUACUCUUCCCACGCUACAAAGAACCUUCGACGCUUGUACAAGUGGCACUUUGAGCAGAUCAUGGCGCGAGGCAAUCUCAUCGAUGCGGAUCUCAAGGCAGCUGAACGGACGAUGCUGAUGCUGUUGAGCUCUACAGCACCGAGGCAAGCGCCUUCUUCGCCAUCGGACAGCAUCGAUGAUGCUUCGAGCAGCAGGACUUCACACGCUUUCACAUCGAGCUCUGCAAGGCUGCGGAACGACGUCGCUCACGGUGCUGCCGAAGAGGCAGACGUAGUAGGCGCUUCGGAACGCAAAGGCAGACUACUCUCCCAUCGUCUCACCCACUCGCUGGCUUCUUUGACCUACCACCACCUUUCGCCGUACGUCUUGAUGCAGCGCACGACUAGGCGCGGGGUCGAUGGCGGCUCGCAGUCGGCCAGCGCUCGAAGGUUGAGAGCGAAGGACGAUGCGGGAGAAGCUUUGCCUUCGCUCAAAGUCCUGCCACGUCCACGCAGAGGACCAUUUACACCUGCUCUUGCUCGAAAGUCCAUCAAUCCUCUACCCGGCGAAGCGGUCGAAGAGAGGAUGCAGGCCAUGUAUCGAGCAAAGGACAGGAUGGACGAGCUCUUGCAGAUGGAUGCAGGAGCAAAGUCUGAAGAGUACGAGCAGGCGAGGCGAGAUUAUGUAGAGAAGAGGGGACUUGUCAGGGCAGCGAAACAUACCUGGAACGCUGCGUUGGAGGAGAGACGCAAGGAAGAUGCGCCUAGAAGGUUGCUGGGAAGUUUGGUUCAGCGCGCAGAAAGGAGCUCUGGCUUGUGGCUCGGUGGACCUCGAUGGGCGCGUUGGAAACAGAACGAAAUGCUAUGGUGACGCUCUGAUUUUUUUUGCGGUGGCUUGGACGCGCUGCGACAACCUCCCUCGCCCUUCCGAGCGUCCGUCUUUGCGAGGUCGUGGCCCUUUCGAAUAGAUUCGCUCGCUCUUCAGGAUGCAGGUUCCUUUGGACUCGAGCGCUCACGACGGCCUGACUCUCACAGCCCCAGGGUCGACGUAGUGACUGCACGCACUGGGGACUGCUUGGAGUCGUGACUCACCACUCUUCACCCAUGCACUCUUGACUGGCUACCGCUUUGCCGACCCUGUCAUGAUGAUGCUCUGCUCGCUCACUCGUGACUGCGUGUGCGCGCGCAUCCUUUGGCCGGCGGCUGCGAUCCUGAAUCAUCAGCAAGUGGAGUACCCUG